UAAACGUCAUCACGCUGCGCUUCUUGCUUUGGACAUGUUGCGGGGAAAUCUCAACUUGUUUUCAUGUUUGUUAACGGGUUUUUUUUUCACGUGAAAUAAGGAUUGAACAAGUCCAGGUGUCCCUGGCCUCUGCAGAUCCUCUUCUUCAGCGUCCAUGGAGUCAGAGAGGAGUGACUCCCCGCCCUCGGGCUCGGCACCUGUAGCUGAAGUCUUCAACUCCAUCAGGGAGCGCUCCAUCGCAGAGAACAGCAUGGUGGUCCUGCUGCAGGGCCUGCAGGGCGAGGUGACCACGGUGGAGCUGAGGAACGAGAGCUCGGCGCGGGGCCGCGUGGUCAACGUGGACGCCUUCAUGAACGUACGUCUGGACGAUGUGACGUACAAAGACAGGCGGGGUAAAUCCAGCCAGCUGCAGGACAUGUUUAUCACAGGUAGGAAUAUCCGCUACGUCCACAUCCCAGACCACGUGGACAUAAUGAAGACCAUCGAGGGCCAUCUGGCCAAGAUCCACCGCGUGCGCAACUUUGGCAGUAAGGGAGGAGGCAGAAAAGAGUACGCCAAGAAAGCAAAAUAACUCCUAAACGCAAGAGUAUUUUAAAAACACUUGGAGGCAACAACAACAAUAAUGUUAAGACAAGUAUCACAAUGAAUCCAGCAGUUUUCCACCUGAAGAUGAAAUAAAUGAUUGCAGGGACAAGAGCAAGAAAUAAAUCAGUUUUGGAUUCUUUUACUUUUUUUCUUCUAAAAUCUUGUUUGAUAUGUCCCUCUUUGUUUGAGCUUCUCACUCUUAAUGAGCAUACUAAAGGCCGCCACCUGUAAUGAUACAGGCUGAACAAUCUGUCGGUAUAUCAUGAAUGAUACUGGAUUUAUUUUUCCAUGAUAGAUAAUUGAUUUUGUUUGCUUUUUCUACAAAAUGUCAAAAACUGUGAAAGUGAUUGUUAUAAUUAUCCUGAGCCCAGUGACGUCUUCUAAUAUCCUGUUGUAUCCAAACAACACACACACAUAUUCAGUUGACACUGACAGGAAAGCUUUGACAAGAUUAUUUUGGGGUAUUUUUGCUUUUAAAAAUGACUUCAACAUU